AAGUCUCGUGUUGACGACACCGCUGUGUACAGAUGUUGGCUACUACGGCAAUUUUAGAAAACUGUCCGGUAUGAAAGUGGAAAAGACUACUUCAUGAAAAUGGACAUUUGAUCGUACGGUAUCAGUGAGAGUCAACGCCAGCUCCCCAAUUGGAGAGGUGACAGACCCCACCCAGCUUUUCCUGACCCGUCCCCCUUCCCCCCAUCAUGGAGCCAAAAAAGAAGGUGUUUGGUAACCUUAGGCAGAAGGCCAGGCCCUUGCUCAGCUACAUGCGGGGUGGCCGCAAGAGCCCUAGCAAGCCGGAGGUGCGUCCAGAAGGGGUGCUGGACCACAGGAUGAGUGCGUCUGUGCCGGACAUCCGGAACUUGCGCCACUCCUCUGGCGCCGUGGACACUGGGCUGGACAGCCCGUCCCAGAGCAACCCUGCCACCCCACUCCUCAGUCCCCAUUUGGGCUGGAGAGGCGUGACCGCCACCGUUCCCUUUGCUGGGCACAGCGUGCCGGAUGGACCCCGCACGCCCACAGCCUGGGCGUCCACGGAGGUGGUCAGCCGAGGAUAUCCAGAGGAGCGGGUCUCCCUGGGGCAGCGGGAGUCGCUGGAGGACGGGCCGCAGGCAGCGGCGCAGCAUGGGGUCCUGCUCAGCACUGAGCUGCCCAGCGUGGAGGUGUCAGAGGAUAAGAGUGAGAACCCGUUAGAAAGCAAUGGCCAAGAGAUGCCGACAGUUAAGGACCUUGAUAAUAAUAGUUCCCUAGAUGUGGGAGGCGAAAGCCUGUGUCUCCCCGAGCACCUGCGCGACUCUCCGAAGACCUACCUCCUCAACAUCAACCUCAAAGAGGGCAGGAACCUGGUCAUCAGAGACCGCUGUGGGACCAGUGACCCCUAUGUAAAGUUUAAAUUGGAUGGGAAGACACUAUACAAAAGCAAAGUGGUGUACAAGAACUUGAAUCCGGUUUGGAAUGAGUCCUUCGCCUUUCCUGUCCCCGACCUGGACCAGAAACUAUUUGUGAAGGUUUACGAUCGAGACCUUACAACAGAUGACUUCAUGGGGUCCAACAGUGUGGCCUUGGAUGAACUUGAACUUGAAAAAACGCACCAGUUGGUGUUGGACCUCAGCGACCCCAACAGCCUUGAAGAGGACAUGGGCGUGAUCGUCAUAGACAUCAGUUUAUCCCUGCGGGACGGGGAAAGCAAGAAGAAUGCAAAGACGACACCAAAGAGGAAAAAAAGCAUGCGGUCGGGGCCGUCCCAGCAGUCCAAGCGCCUGUCGGAGAGCCUGAAGAAGGGGCAGCUUUGGUGUGGUGUGUGGACCAUCGCCCUGGUGGAGGGCCAGGAUCUGCCCGAGGACGGCCCGGGAGACGUGUUUGUGCGCUUCAAACUGGGAGAGCAGAAGUACAAGAGCAAGAGCCACUGCAAAAAAGCCAGACCACAGUGGAGAGAAAGAUUUGACUUCAACCAAUUCCCAGACGGGCCGUGCAUUCUGGAAGUGGAAGUUUGGUCAAAAGAGGGUCGCAAAUAUGAAGAAUGCUAUGGGAUGUGUGAGGUGGACCUGUCCGGUGUCUCUGUCAACCAGCCGCAAGUGUACACGCGGCCACUGAACCAGGGGAGAGGUCGCGUCCUCUUCGUGGUCACGCUCAACGUUUGCAGCGGGGUGUCAGUGUCCGACCUGGAUGCAGCACCCCUGGAGGACCAGAACGAGAGGGAGAGUUUGUGCAACAGAUAUGCUUUCCGGAACUCUCUGAAAAACAUGAGGGAUGUGGGCUUCCUACAGGUCAAAGUCAUCAAGGCCACAGAUCUGUUGGCUGCAGAUCUGAAUGGAAAGAGUGACCCUUUCUGUGUGUUAGAGCUGGGGAACGACCGGCUCCAAACACACACCAUCUACAAGACACUCAAUCCUGAGUGGAAUGAAGUAUUCACAUUUCCUGUUAAAGAUAUCCAUGACAUCCUGGAGGUGACAGUCUUUGAUGAGGAUGGGGACAAGGCUCCAGACUUUCUUGGAAAAGUGGCCAUUUCUUUGCUCGCAGUUCACAAUGGUCAACAGAUUUCCUGUGUAUUAAGGAAAGAGGAUUUAGGACGACCAUCAAAGGGCACUAUAACACUAGAGCUGGACGUUUUCUUUAAUUCCGUCAGAGCCAGUCUCAGAACCUUCAACCCAAAAGAAAAGAAAUUCCAGGAGGACAAUCUCAAAUUUUCCAAAAAGGUCCUUACUCGGAAUGUUGUCCGUGUGCGGAAUCUCCUGCGGGCGAUCGUGAAUACCCAUCACUACAUCAAAAGCUGUUUCCAGUGGGAGAGUAUCCAGCGGAGUAUCAUUGCCUUUAUGGUGUUUUUGCUGACGGUGUGGUACUGGGAGUUCUACAUGCUGCCUUUCUACCUGGUCCUCCUCAUCGUGAGGAACUACCUCCAGAUAGCCUCGGAGAGAGCCAGCCAGGACAUGGAUAGUAUGGACCUAGGUGAUGAUGAAGAGGAUGAUGAAAAGGAGGAGAAGAGAGGACUGAUGGAGAAAAUUCACAUGGUUCAAGAAAUCGUCAUCACCGUUCAGAACAUACUGGAGGAAAUAGCCAGCUUUGGGGAACGUAUCAAAAACACUUUCAACUGGUCAGUGCCAUUCCUGUCCAAUAUGGCCUUUCUGGUCCUUGUCAUCGCAACAGUGCUAACCUACUUCAUCCCAGUGCGGUACAUUAUUUUUGCAUGGGGCAUUAACAAAUUUACCAAAAAAUUACGGAAACCAUAUGCAAUUGAGAAUAAUGAAGUAAUGGACUUCCUCAGUAGGGUGCCUUCAGAUGUUCAGAAGGCCCAGUACACUGAGCUGAGAGGACCUGGCUGGCAGAGUGCUGUGAGGAGGAAGAAGAACGCCACAUAGCCAUCAGGGCUAAUGUCACGGACGCCCUACCCUCACAAACACACACACAAGUACACACACACACACACACAUACUCACACCCAUACCUAAGGCAAGGAGGCUUCAGCUAACAGUCUGUUGUAUAAACACAGCAAACAGUCUGCUGUCGGUAAAUGGCUAAGAGGACCUGUUUGUCUGUGUGUGUCUGUGUGUGUCUGUGUAUGUGUGUGUGUGUGUGUGUGUGUGUGUGUGUGUGAGAGAGAGAGAGAGAGAGAGAGAGAGAGAGAGAGAGAGAGAGAGAGAGAGCUUGUUUGUUUGUUGCCUGGCCAUCAAAGCUGAACUUCUCCACCGGAAGUUCACCGGCUAAACCUGUGGGCCCGGAGCUUGUUGCACUACUUCCUUCUGCUGCUGUAAGCAUGGCCCUCUGAUGUGGUAAGCACACACACACACACACACACACACUCACACAGAAACAAAAGAAUAUCGCGGUCAUUUUACGAUGCAGUGCACCAUCACAGACUCUUCCCACUCAAUCACUUCAUUCUCAGGCCUUGUGAGGUAUGACAGAGGGCCAAAUAUGGGUUUGAGCAGCCGACCACUGAGAAUGAAAAGGACAAUCCUGGAUCAGCGUAGAAUAUGUGCCCUGCCUGAUGCUAUAUUCAGAUGCAGAUCUCUUGACGCAGAAUCUGAGAAUGUUUAAACAGAGUGGAUGUCAUUGUUUGUUAUUGUACAAUAUACUGUCAUCAAGCUUGCCUCUUUUGAAAUAUCUUAAGAAAUGCUGGCAUGUUUAUUGUAAGACUAAGAGAAUGUUUUUAUUGUUUAAGUUAUGGUUUAUGGAAUACCACCAAGUCUUGUCACCAAUGUUUUUGGGGGGUUUUGAACAAUUGGUGUAAAGAGCAGUUCAUAACCACUUGUGGAUUGUUAACAUAUUAUUUGCACCAUUUCAUUAAUAAUUCAAAUUAUGUAUAUAUCUGUUUCAUAUUCAAAAAGAUUUAUUUUAGUGAACGCAUUUGUAUGUUCACCAGCUAGCUCAUUAUUUAUGGGACCAAGACGACUAACACAGAUGCCAUUUACUAUUCAUCCACUGUUUACUGCUAAUGAACUCACGGAUAAAUCAUUGUCGUGAUUAUCUGUUGCAAUGCAAUAAAAACCUGGUGACACUGAACUGAGGGCACAGGUCACUUAAACCAGA